CAUGGCUUCUACAUCCCAAUCCAACUACUACUACGACCCCAGCGCCUACACCUGGGUCCAGCCCACAAUCAUCGAGGACGAUGACCUGACUUUUGACGGCAAGUCCCUGAGCACCUGGUACGAGGAGGAGCGCCGCCACUUGAGCAGUGGCAGCGGCAGCGACGAUGGCGAGGAGCGCCGGGGCCGUGAGCGCGUCCGGAAACACCACUCGAGAUCCAGCAAGUCACACAAGAAAUAAACGGAUCACGACAGUACGCAUCCGAGUCAAGCAGCAAGCCAAAGGAUGGGGGCAACCGUGGCGGCGAUGCGGUGAGGAAUGGAAUACAACAACUCUCGAUACCAUGAUACCCAAACAACAUUCCACCGACCCCUUCAACCACUCCCACCAAAUCUCACCAGUCGUCACAUAAUAUUGACCCACCUCCUUUGGCUUGUCUCACUUUGGAUGCUUCCACGCCACGGCCUCACACAGCAUUGCAUCAUCGCAUCUCAUCAUACCCGCAACAGCUCAGCAUCUCCUCAUGGAAGGACCAUAGAUUCGCACUCUUGCUUUUUAAACCUCCCGCCGGAUACCAGCAUCACCAUACACUCGGGAUUUCAUCUUUUACAACUCAGCAACAACCCCUACACCACAACAUUGUACAACUCAUCCCGUCCCCAUCUCCCGCUCUUCUCUUGCUCUCACCGAAACCACUCGCAUACCCCAACAUCCAGUGUCCUCUGCUCGCUCCGCAUUGACAUCGGCACUGGCUCUACCACAACCGCACUUAGACUUUUUUCAGCUCUCUACACAUCUAGUCGCGUGCGCGCGACGGAACACACACAUGGUCGCACACCUCGGGCGUUGAUUUUACUUGGCAUUUGGGAUACCCCAUUUGGUUGAUUUUUCUGUUUUUGGAUUUUCAGCACGGGCACCUGCAUUUGUUCCUCGGAUGCUGUGAUAGACAAUCGCGAGCACUCGGAAAUGCGAUGGUCGGGGAAGUCGACGACGUGUCCCCUGGUGGUGAGAAGAGAGGAGCAUUGGGCAUGGGUGACAUUUUGGAGCGCAUCAGGUAGCUCACCACAAACUGAAUGGCAGGAAUACCAUAACUUAACUUUCACUCAACCUGCUUGACCCCUAGCUCUGCUACGUGAACUCAUGUGCUAUGCUUGAACGUGUCGGUGGCAAUAACCUCGUACUCCAGAGCUCCCCAACGGUGGCAUC